AUGAUAAGAUGGAGCAGAAGGCUUCUUGCCAAAGAAUGGAUGAAAUUUUUCUCAAAGACUGAUUAUUAUAAUACACAUUAUGAUAGAAGCUUCAAAGAUUCAUCAGACUACUCAGUCAUUAUGGGUGCCUUAAGAGUAUUCUAUAUAUAGGACUGAUACUUGCAAAUGCAUAGAAAGGAUAUGACUCCAAAACAAGUAUUAAGAGCAGCUUCGGUAUUUAAUGUAAUGAGAAUUAAUGCAGAAACAACUGAUGAGAUGAAUGCACUUAAUACUUUAAGCUUUUCCAUUCAAAAAAUAACAGAGGAUGCUAACACAGAAUGACUCCCAGAAAUGAUAUCGUUAUUUGCAGAUUUUUGAUCUUUACCACCUAAGUGUGGAAUUUUUUCCGCGUGUGAAAAGAGGAUUCCACAUAUGGAAUCAAAAGGGCUUCACAUGUGGAAUCCUCUUUUCACACACGGAAAAAAUUCCAUACUUAGGUGGUAAAGUUCAAAAAUCUGCAAAUGACGAUAUCGAAUUUUUGUAUUUUUUCUACGAGAAACAAUGAGACUUUUGAAUCUCUUUUCAACAGUCCUGGUAUUUUAGAAAGAAUUAUUGAGAAGAGCUUUACCAAUCUUAAUGAUUUCGAUAUUGGGAAAUUGGCUAUUUUAGUAAAUACCUUGAGAACUAAAAAAUCUAGGUCAUUUAACGUGCUCUAUGAGCACCUAUUCUCAAGGUUUAACAACACUACAGAUUUCACUUGCUUCAGUGAAGAAGCUUUAAGUGAAGUUACCAAAGCAAUAUUUUUGAAGCAAAAUCAAGAAUAUGCCAUUGAAAAUGUGCAAGAAAACUUAUUUAAUUCAAAGAGCAUGGAUGCUUUUAAAUCAAGGCUCUAUAAGAUUUUUAGUGAUUUAGAGAAUAAAGAAGAUAUGGUGAUUACUGUUUGUGGAGGGUUUAAUAAUUUAAUAGGCCCUUCCAAAAGAGAGAUUUUCGAUUUUAUGUUCACUGCAAUUACGAAAUAUUUGAAUUUAUACAAUGAUAGGAUUAAUCCUGGAUAUAGGCACUCAAAUGCGAAUAAAUUAAUAAAGAUUGUAGAAUGUUUUGACCAUACACAUCCUUAUGCUCAAAGUCUUUAUAAGCAAGUUACUGCUUCUAUAUAUUAUCAUAACAUUUUUAGGACAAGCUCUAUUUUUUCCAAAAUGAGUAUGAAGAGGAUUAGGAUUUUAGGAUAGCAGUCAUCAGAGAUCUCCCGUACUGAAGGUUCUACCGCUUUUCGACUCCAGCUCAGAGGGUCUAUCAUUCUUGCUAGUGCCCUUUCGGUACCUUCUGUCUCCUUCUUGCCUUGAGGCUUUAGUCUUGAGUACUUAUGGAUUUCUGAGGCCCUGCUACGGGCGAUUGGAGCAGAUUGAUUCCAAGUGUCAACUCCUUGGAGAAUAUUGGGUGUCGAAGUGCUUUCCUUCAACAGCUAGAGGAAAAAGACUGCUCCCCUGGAGUCCGUCCCAGUUCGCCGUAGCGAUAAGGUCUGUACUGCUGCGCCAAGAGGGUAGGCUGGCACGUGUCGCCAUUUUAAUUUAUAUAAUUCAUAUGAAGAAAAAAGCCUAUUUUGUAGCGAACUGUCUAAAAUUGACAGUUAAAUAUAAAUCGUUUGAGCUAGCUUUCCUUGACUAUGCGGUUAGUUUUUUAUCAAAUGACCCUAUCCAAAACAGCUUGGAAUAUUUUGACACAGUACUUUCAUCAUUAGCUUUGCUGAAUUAUUCGAAACGGUUCUCUGAUUCGACCCCAUUUACUCCAGGCUUAAAGGAGAAUUGGGAGAAAUUUUUAGAAAUUUCGAUCGAGAACGUUGAAUCAAUAUUAGAAGGUUUUGGAGCUGGAAGCAGUAAACUGAUGCUUGAUAAUAAGAAAGAAAUAGCACAAUCUGUUAUAAGAAUAUUAUGAAGCUAUUGUAGUUUUCAAAAAUUUUCGCAGAAUUUGUUUUCACUUGCAAUUAAUACUGAUAUUUUGACGAAAAAUAAUAUUGAAGAUAACGAUGAUAACAUUUUAUCCAUGCUAUUGGUAAUACAGAAUAAAAUUACUGAAGAAAGUGAAAGCAAUAUUUCUUUAAGCCCAGGAUUGACAAGAAAAAUUGAGAAAUAUAAGAAAAAACUUAAAAAGGCUUCUAAACAAACUAAAAAGGUUAAAAAAGCAAAGGAGGAAACUAAAGAUGAGAAUAAAGAAGAAAAGCCGGAAUCUAAACAGACUAAAAUAGCAAGUGAGGAAUUUGAAUCAUCUAACUCCCCCUCUGUGGGAAUCAAAAAAAUUUCACUCAUGAGCAAAGGGGAGCUAAUCUUUAUAAAUUUUUAUAGUAAUUUUUUUUUCUAAAUUUAAAAAAAAUCCAUUUUCGUAAAAAUUGAUCAGUAAAAACUAAUUUAAUUUGUAAAAUUUAUGUUUUAAAAUCGCAAGCUUUUUAGAAUAAAAAGAGAUUCCGCUAGGGAUUUCAUUAUAAUAAUUAUCACUCAUAUAUCAAAAUUUUUAUAUUAAAUAAUUUUUGUUCGCUACUGUUUUGGAUUUUUUAAAAGGGGAUGUAAAGCCCAGAUUCUUUAA